CGCGGUUCAAAAGCCAAGUGACAACACGAUGCAACAGCCACCGCCACAACUCCCACUUCCACCAGGACGGGCACCACCGUUGGAGUCGUAUGCACACAAUGCGCUGCUACAUCCCCAUGUAGCACCACCGUGCAGGUUCUUCCUGUCUGCGAAAGGGUGCAUGCGUGGAUCGUGCUGUGAAUUCAAUCAUGAAGGUUCACCUCGUCAGUCAUCAUGUUCGCAGCAAGCACUGCCCGCUGCAAAGGUGCCUCAGUCAAGACCGCUCUGUCGGUUCUACGCAAAGGGAGAAUGCAGAAAUGGCACACAUUGCUCAUUUUCCCAUGGUGCAGACAGCAAUGCUAUGCCGAGUAUGAACGCACUCGAUGGUCCCACAUCACAAGCUAUGACGAACUCGUCCGAUUCCAACUUGCUUGCUGCAUUGGACGCUGACAAAGUUCUGACCAGAGACCUCAGUGGCCCCUUCUUCUCCGUGGAUGUCGAGUGCGUAGCCACUGGCACAGGCUACAAUGACCGCGAUGUUGCUCGAAUUGCUGUCGUUGACGAAAACGAAUCCACUGUAUUCGAUGCCUAUGUCAAGCCUGACAAGCCCGUCGUUAGCUACCUGACCCAACUAACAGGAAUCACGGCAGAGCACCUGUCAGCGGCACUUCCACUCGCCAGUGUCAUAUUGGACUUGAAGAAUGUGAUGCCAACCAACUGCGUUCUCGUCGGACAAUCUGUCAACAAGGACGUGCAGUGGCUCGGGCUUCAACCUGGCGUCGACUUUCGCGAACUCUUCAACGUAGCUGAUCUUUUUCGCGUGCCUACGACGGCGUCGUAUAACUACCGGUAUUUUUCAUUGCGCCACGUCGCGAAGUACUUGCUGGGGGCGUCGAUUCAGGAGCAUGACCACGACCCUGUCGUUGAUGCUGUCUACGCCAUGAAGAUCUUCAAGCGGUUUCGGUACCUGCAUGAAAACUCGGGCCAUCGCCAAGCCGUACUCCAGACAUUGUUGAAGACCCCGCGAACGCCGUCGUUUGCCACGAGGUUUCCCGUGAUCGACGGCGUUUUGAUGUCUCCACCCAAAGAAGGCUCGAGUAUUUAAUUAGACUAUGGACAAGUCAUUACUUGUAGCUACGAUUUUUG